AUGGCCAAACCACCAUUUCCUGCUUUUCCUCUUUAUGGAGUCCCAGCUUUCCCACAGCGACUGCGCUGGAGCCCUGCCCAUCUUCCCAGCUUGCAAUCCUUACAGCCUCUUGACGCUGACUCAUUGAACAAAGGCCAUUACGGCAGCGCUGGAUACACGACUCUUCUGAGCUUGCCGUCUUCCACAACUUCAACCACCUUCUCCAGUCCCUUCUCGUCUUGUUCCUCCUAUGGCAAAUCUGUCAACUCUGUCACGACGAAUGCAGUCGAUGAUUUCGUCUUCAGGAGGCCUUCCGUGCUGGCUGUCUUUGAUUCUCCGCCCAUUGCACCAAAGGACAGAAAUGCAGCACCUCGACGUCUCCAGGAAAUCUUCGAAUCUCCUCCACCUAUCCGCCGGCACGAUUAUGCUGUGACAGAACGGAGAUGUGACACUCCCACGCCAUUCGCCGAAAUGGACCGGGAGGAAGGCUGCACGUGUGAUCUUGCCACAGAACUUCCAAGAUCUGUGAUCAACGAGAACAUGAUAAACAUCAUUCUAUCCUACGACAGCGGAGACACUUCCACGUCUGACAGUGCUGGGAUGUUGUCCUCCACCGACAGAUCCAUAUCGCCAACGUCUACGUCUUCCGAAUCCUCAGAUGCGGAUAGCAUCCAGAGUGUGAUCAUUCGUCAGAGAGUGGAUCAGAGCGGGAGAGUUUCGAACAGCGACAUCAGCAGGGCGGAGCGGAAGUUCGUCAGAUGCAGGCCAUCUGAAGAUGAUUCCAGCUCGGAGAGCGCCUCGUCGGACUGUAAGUUGCCUUUGUCAAGGCCUGCACCUGGAAUGAAACUUAGUGGAGACAAAGAUUUUAGUCCUUCUACAGCUGCUGAUAGAAUGAAGUCAACUGAGCACGACCCUCAUCUACAAGAGAGGGUCUGGAAAUACCACCUGGGUGAUGUGGUUGCCCUUCUCUUAGUAUCUCUAGUCCCUAGCAAUAAUUUCCGCCAAGCUUAUCGAGCUGCAAGAAGUGUGUUAAUGCCUCAUAAAGAAAUAGUUAUGAAUGCUGAAGCUUUAGAAGUUAUGCACAAAAUAUUUGAAGUGCUGUUACGUUUGCUAAAAAGAGCAAAACUGUAUGUAGAUCCAACGGUUCAUGGAACUGCAAAACUAACCUCAUACUUUGCUGUGAUGACAUACUGUUUAGUGAGCAAAACAGAAAAACUCAUGUUCAGUAUGUAUUUCCUGGAUCUUUGGAAUUUGUUUCAGCCUAAACUUUCUGAACCUGCAAUACCUGUACAUAUGAAUAAACAGGCUUUGUUGUUAUUUUGGUAUCAUGUGUGUACAGACUGUCCAGAGAAUGUUAAACUUAUUAUACAGAAUCCUCAUGUUAUAAAGAAUAUAGCUUUUAAUUAUAUUUUAGCGGAUCACGAUGACCAAGAGGUCAUCGUCUUCAACCGGUGCAUGCUUCCCGCUUAUUACGGGCUGCUACGACUCUGUUGCCAGCAGUCGAGGCCUUUCACGAGGCAGCUGGCCAAUCAUCAGAAUAUCCAAUGGGCUUUCAAGAAUAUUACUCCAUAUACUACGCAAUACAACGCAGCAGUGAACGAACUUUUCAAAUUGAUGCGACUUUUUGUGACCAAGUACAGCGAUGCCAGCGAACAAGAGCUCAGGGACAUCCAUUUGUUCAAAAGGACCACCCUGAGACUGUACCUGACUGUGCUCGAUGCCCGGGCCUGCUGGUCCACCCUCAUCAAUGUCCUGCGCAUUUUAGUUGAGACGACUGAUGACAGACUUUUUGUGAUAUACAACAAUGGGUUGUCCAUGCUUUUUCAGGCAUUUUAUACCCUUCACAUGAUGUACCAUGAAGCAACAGCUUGCCAUGUGACUGCAGAUAUGGUUGAUUUGCUGGCCAUAGUCCAGGACCUCCUGAAGACUGCCCGAGCCAACAGGGAAACUCUGGAGUUACGGCAGUUUUUCUCGACCUGGAAGGAGCAGCCGGAAGGGAUGAGAAAAAUCCUAACGCUGCUCAAUUCAUAUACGCCCCCAGAGUUGCGCCAAAUUUGUAUAGAAGUUUUACAAGAAUUUGUGUUACUGUAUCCUAACGAAAGUUUGUCGACGUUGGUUCCUCUUCUUGCAAGUUGCCAUGCUACUUUUCAAGAAAGUAACUCACCAGGCAUCACCGGUCCAUUUUUCCCCAAGAGAGGUCAAAAACUUCUGAAUUCCAAGCAACAGAGUCGACCAGCCAGGCCUGUCGUCCAGAUGUUUCUUCAUACAAAUCAACUAGAAUGUGCAAAAGGUGUGGAUGAAGAUUAUGACCAUCAGUUGAUUGAUUUCUUUCUCCCUUAUCAUCAGUUGGUGGACUUGUUGUGUAGGGUUGCAAUUUCCAAUGAAUGUGUAACCACAGAUCUUGUUAGUCUAAGUGCAAUGCUCGCAAUAGAAGGCGUUCCUCUACAUUUGCCAGCCUUUCCAAAACUAUGGUUAGAUAUUAUCCAAUCAGAAGUUGGAAGGGAAUUCAUACAACUCUUGUGUAAUAGCAGUUAUUUUAUUGAUUACUUAGAAUCCGUUCUUUUAGAUGAACGAACCUGCUUAAAUCAUCCUAUCAUUUUUCAAUUAUUCUCUGUUCUAUUACCCAAGGUUGCCAGUCAGGUUGUGAAUGACCAGAUGUUGCAACUCGUGUCAUCUCUGAUGUCAUCUUUCGUGAAGACGUUUGAUGAUACAGACAUAACGAAACAGGCCUUUAAACUGAAUGGGGACCUACGAGCUUUAUGUCUGAUAUUCUCGGUCGAUCGACCACCCGAAGUUCCUAAAGAGUUUAUAAAAGUGAUGAAUCGUCUGAUUGACAGCUGCAGUCAGAUGACCAAAAAGGAGAACUGCAAUUCGACAAAUUGCAAAGAUCAGGAGGAUAAUCAGGAUGAUGAGAAGACAGAAAACAUUAAAAAUAGCAAAGCGGAGAGCGAGCCGUCUCCGACCACCUCCUCCGAGUGCCAGCCCCCCAAGCGGCAGCGGCUCGACCCCCACGACAAAGAAGACUCCUCGUCGAACGGCCGACCCCUCGACGACAAAUUCCUCCAUCCCGCGGAUAUCUGUGAUGGCUACAUGCUGAGGGACCCCUCGCUCACUCCCCCCGCCCGAUGGGCGGAGAUCCUCCUCAAGUCGGCGUCCGCCCUCGUCUCCAUCCUGCAGCAGGGCAACAGCUGAGACGCCCCGUUCGUCGAAAUCGCCGUAUCUGUGAUCUCGGACUGAAGGGAGGCAGCCCCGCCCCCGUGCCAAAAAUAGAACUCUCGGGACGCGUUUUCGAUCGCGGGUGACCCGAGUGCAUCGCCUCGGAGCGGGAGGUCCUCCGUGUCGGAUAUGGAAGACGUGAAUUCCAUACCUCGUUCGAACUGUUGCCACAUGUGAUAAGAAGUGUUUAUUGCAUUCGAGAGGGCGGAGCCGGAUGGCGUGGCGUCCGCAGAGGCACGAACCGUGAAUAAAUUUAAAAAAAUAGCUCUUCGAACGUGCGUCAUGUUUUUAUGGUUUGCGUCGCAUCGGCCAACACAGUUUAGUUUGAAAUUGAAGACGUUGUCAUGAGUUCAAUUUCAUUGUUUAGAUUUCUUGGAAACAGUGAUAGACUCUGUAUGACUGAAAAAGAAUCAAAUGUAAAAUCUAUAUGUGCUUGUAUUAUACUUUAAUAUAUUUCUUUCAGUUUUAUUUUUACUUCAAAAUUUGUUGGUGAAUUAAAAA